UUCGGCUGUGCCCGCGUCAUGGGAACCUAUUCGAAACCAAAUAUUAAUACGAACCCAACUCAUUCCAAGGCAGAAACAGCCGAAUCGGUGAAAAAUUUUCUCGACUACUCCAAAGCGGAAUUCAUAAGAAAAUUGAAUCAGAAUGAGGUCUGUAACAUGUCAGUCGACGAUUUUGAGCUCUCAAAGACCCUGGGUGUGGGCACUUUCGGCAGAGUUCUAUUUGUGCAGCAGAAGCCCACGAAGACCUACUACGCCAUGAAGAUAAUCAGCAAGAAGAAGGUGGUUCGUUUGAGCCAGGUCGAGCACACGUUGAGCGAGAAACGCAACCUGCGGGCCGUGAGCUAUCCUUUCAUUGUCUCGCUCCUCUAUCACUUUAAGGACAACUCAAAUCUGUAUUUGGUGAUGGAGUUUGUGCCUGGUGGCGAACUAUUUACGUAUCUGAGUAAGGCUGGCCACCUAAGCGAGUCCCACGCGAACUUCUAUGCGGCUCAAAUCGCAAUGGCCUUCCAGUACUUACACUAUUUGGAUUUAAUAUAUCGCGAUCUGAAGCCGGAGAACAUACUAAUUGAUGCCCAGGGUUAUGUGAAAAUUUGCGAUUUCGGGCUUGUCAAGCAAAUCAAAGAUCGCACUUGGACGUUCUGCGGCACACCCGAAUAUUUGGCGCCCGAAAUCAUCUUGGCCAAGGGCUAUAACAAGUCCGUGGACUGGUGGGCCUUCGGUGUGCUUAUCUUUGAAAUGGUAGCUGGCCAUCCGCCCUUUCAAUCGAAUAACCCCAUGAAGAUCUAUGAGCAGAUUUUAACUUCCGAGGUUUAUUUUCCCUCACGCUUUAGCACCAACUUGAAAAAUCUGCUACGCAAGCUUUUGGAAAAAGAUAUGACCAAACGAUAUGGCAAUCUUAGUGGCGGCAUCAAUGACAUUAAGGACCAGGAAUGGUUCAGAAUGACAAACUGGAUAUCUAUUUUCAAAAAGAAAAUCCCUGCCCCAUUUAUACCUCAGAUCAAAGGUCCGAACGACACAAGCUAUUACGAAGACUAUGAGGAGUUGCCCUUGGAAAUGUCAACCACCAAUUAUUUCGUAAAGGAAUUCAAUGAUUUCUAAUUAUUCAGUGCGACAGAGUAUACAUAAAAAUUGAUCUCUUCCUGAUAUUUUUAAUCUUUUG